AUGAUUUUAUGGCAUGGAACAGUAAAGGAUGUUGUGAAUCACCAAGACCAAGUGGACCGCAGUUCGAAGAGGAGACAAGUGAAGCCUUUGGCAGCUUCGCUGCUGGAAGCUUUAGAUUAUGAUAGCUCUGAUGACAGUGAUUUUAAAGUUGGAGAUGCUUCAGAUUCUGAAGGAAGUGGUCAUGGGAGUGAAGAUGCAUCAAAGGACAGUGGUGAAGGUUCCUGUACUGAAUCAGAAGAAAAUAUCUUGGAGGAGGAACCAGCAGAAGAGAAAGUUGAAGAACAGCAGCCAAAAAGCUCCACUGAGGAAGAGGUGACAACAGCAGACAAAGAGGUAAUUAAAACUGAAAGGAAAGAGCAAGAAGAUGAAGAAGAAAAGCCAAAAAAGAAGAAAGAGAAGGAGAAAGCAGCUGAACCUGAUGCUGUGGCUGAUGAGCAAAUAAAUGAACCAAAAAAAUGGAAUUUACGCAGGAAUCGACCUUUGCUGGAUUUUGUAUCAAUGGAAGAACUAAACGAUAUGGAUGACUAUGAUAGUGAAGAUGACAAUGACUGGCGGCCUACUGCUGAGAAAAAAAAAGGGAAGAACGCACUGCGAAAAGAGGGAAGUGAUGGAGAUAAUGAAGAUGAUGAAGAUGAUGGGAGUGGAAGUGAUGAGGAUGACAAUGAUGAGGAAGGUAAUGAAGAAGAUAAUAGCAGCACGGCUAGUGAUGGAGGAUCCAAGAAGAAGAACAGUAAAGUUCUUAACAGGAAUAAUGCAGAUGAUGAGGAGUUGACAAAUGAUAGCCUGGCUCUUUCACAAAGCAAGAGCAAUGAGGACUCGCUGAUCCUUGAGAAGUCUCAAAAUUGGAGUUCCCAGAAAAUGGACCACAUUUUGAUUUGUUGUGUUUGUCUUGGAGACAACAGUGAAGAUGCUGAUGAAAUAAUCCAGUGUGACAACUGUGGAAUAACGGUGCAUGAAGGUUGCUAUGGUGUUGAUGGAGAGAGUGACUCUAUAAUGAGCUCAGCUUCAGAAAAUUCCACAGAACCUUGGUUUUGUGAUGCAUGCAAAUGUGGUGUCACACCUAGUUGUGAACUGUGUCCUAACCAGGAUGGGAUCUUCAAGGAGACUGAUGCAGGCAGGUGGGUCCAUAUUGUUUGUGCCCUCUAUGUUCCAGGAGUGGCAUUUGGAGAUAUUGACAAACUACGACCGGUAACGCUUACAGAAAUGAAUUAUUCAAAGUAUGGUGCCAAGGAAUGCAGUUUUUGUGAAGAUCCUCGUUUUGCGAGAACUGGUGUAUGUAUUAGUUGUGAUGCUGGAAUGUGCAGAGCUUAUUUCCAUGUAACCUGUGCUCAGAAGGAAGGUCUCCUCUCAGAAGCAGCAGCAGAAGAGGACAUAGCUGACCCUUUUUUUGCGUAUUGUAAACAGCAUGCGGACAGGUUAGACAGAAAAUGGAAAAGGAAAAACUACUUGGCAUUACAGUCUUACUGUAAAAUGUCCUUGCAGGAGAGAGAAAAACAGCUCUCACCAGAAGCUCAGGCUCGAAUCAAUGCCAGGCUGCAGCAGUAUCGUGCCAAGGCGGAGCUGGCCCGCACAACCAGGCCUCAGGCCUGGGUUCCCAGGGAGAAGCUGCCACGGCCGCUUACUAGCAGUGCUUCAGCCAUACGGAAGCUGAUGCGCAAGGCUGAGUUAAUGGGAAUUAGUACAGACAUUUUUCCAGUGGAUACUUCAGAUACUAGUUCCAGUGUUGAUGGAAGAAGAAAACAUAAACAACCAGCUCUCACAGCUGAUUUUGUAAAUUAUUACCUUGAGAGAAAUAUGCGCAUGAUUCAAAUCCAGGAGAAUAUGGCUGAACAGAAGAAUAUCAAGGAUAAAUUAGAAAAUGAGCAAGAAAAGCUUCAUGUGGAGUAUAAUAAGCUAUGUGAGUCCUUGGAAGAACUGCAAAAUAUGAAUGGAAAACUGCGUAAUGAAGGACAAGGCAUUUGGGCUCUGUUAGGGAGAAUCAUUGGACAGAAAUUGAACAUACCAGCAAUUUUACGGGCUCCUAAGGAGAGGAAACCAAGUAAAAAGGAAGGAGGAACGCAAAAGGCAUCUACACUUCCAGCUGUACUUUAUAGUUGUGGAAUUUGCAAGAAGAACCAUGAUCAACACCUCCUGCUACUGUGUGAUACUUGUAAACUCCAUUAUCAUCUUGGUUGCUUGGAUCCACCUCUUACAAGGAUGCCAAGGAAGACCAAGAACAGUUACUGGCAAUGCUCAGAGUGUGACCAGGCAGGUAGCAGUGACAUGGAGGCUGAUAUCGCCAUGGAAACCUUGCCAGAUGGGACUAAACGAUCAAGGAGACAGAUUAAGGAACCAGUGAAAUUUGUUCCUCAGGAUAUGCCACCAGAACCGAAGAAAAUUCCAAUCAGAAACACGAGAACUAGAGGACGAAAACGAAGCUUUGUACCUGAAGAAGAAAAACCUGAGGAACGGAUUCCCAGAGAAAGAAGACAGCGACAGUCUGUUCUACAAAAGAAGCCCAAGUCAGAGGAUUUAAGGACUGAAUGUGCUACCUGCAAAGGGACUGGAGACAAUGAAAAUCUAGUCAGAUGUGACGAAUGCAGGCUUUGCUACCAUUUUGGCUGUCUAGACCCUCCCUUGAAAAAGUCUCCUAAACAGACUGGCUAUGGAUGGAUUUGUCAGGAAUGUGACUCUACAUCCUCCAAAGAAGAUGGAAAUGAAGCUGAGGCAGAAAAUCCAUCUCAGGAGCUGAAUUUGGAACAGAAAAAAAAAAAAAAAAUAGGAGAUUGCUGUCUUGUUUGAAAUAUUUUCUAGUUGUGUAACAGUGAUUAUAGUUUCUCUUUGUAAAAUUAACAAAAAAAGUUCUCAAUAAAGUCAUUGAAAAUUAAA